AGUCUAUUGUUGGCCGUUGAAACCGUUGGAAGUGUGGUGUGCUACACGCACUUUGCAUUUCUUCGCCAAACUUCUUCGCUUUGCACGACAUAACGGACAAAACUCUCACACGCACACAGGUGCAACUCUGUCUCUGCGUGUGUGUUUUUUUCGUGACGGGCGCGCGUUGCUGUGUGCGUGUGCAGUGUGUUUGUGUUAGUGCGAGCGCGUGAAAAUACAACAACAACAACAACGAGAAGAAGAAGGAGAAGCACUAAUCACAGUCAGCUGUGAAAUUUGUGUGUUUUUGUGCAUUUGUGUAUGUGUGUUUGAAAAUUAAAUGCAAAUUGUAUAUAAGAAAUAUAAUCUAAGCAUAAAUUACCAAUGAAUAACGUAUAUAUUAAUAUACAACAUCAACGAGUUGAGCACAUUUUCUGAUAGAUGUCAAAUUAAAAUUAAAAAAAAACGGUAGCGCGUUGUCAGUGUUGAUUAAUGUUAAUGGAUUUGAAUUAGUUUUGUAUUUAUUUUUUUGUGUAUAGUGCAAAUCGCGACGCGAUUACCGCAAGUUCCUUUCUGACAGCAAAAUCAAAGCAGCGACGGCAGCAGCGACGGCAGCAGUGACGGCAGCAGCAACGCCAGUAGCGACAGCAGCAGCGGCAUCGACGAUAGCAGCAGCGGUGGAGUAAGGGAGAGCUCGAUAAGAAUUCUGGAAAUACAUUUUUAUAAAUAAAUAAUUGAUAAGCAGCCGCCGUACAGAAAGGGCAGCUGAGUGCACGGAAAAAAGAAGAGACAACUCUUCAAUUGAGUUGGCUAAAAACAGGACACAGCUCGUUGCUGCCACAUCAUAUCCUAAACUUCAGACUGAAUCACCAGCUGGUAUUUCAAGAGGAAUGACAACUAAUUAACAGAGGUGCUGUAAGGCGAUGUUGCAGCAAGGAUAACAGCAAAAAUUAAGCAGACAUAUCAGCAAUUCAACAAAAAUAAUAAUAACUUAAUGUAACUUUAAUGUAAAUUAAGCGAGAGGACGAACUAUAAACUGUGCGUGGCACUCAACUCAACGAUUUCCACAAGCCAUUAACAGCUGCUGCAACAAUUGCAGCCACAAAGGGAAGCCAGAGUCACAGUCAGACUCACAGUUAGAGGGAUAAAGUCAUCGUCAUCAUCAUCAGCAUCAGCAGCAGCAUGGCAUUUAUUUGGCGUCGUCGCUCCACAACAAUUGUGAAACUGGUGGCAUUAAUGCUGGCCAUUUGGUUCUGCAUUGCGUUCCUCAUCUACACGGACGACACACGACGCCGAGCGGUGCAGGAGAGUAGCGGUGGCAGCGGAUACGGGAUUGCAAACAACAUCAACAGUGGCGGCGGUGGUGGUGGUGGUGGUGGAGAUCCCAUUGCAAUGGCUCUAAAAAAUGGUCCACUCUCUGGCGAAGAGGAUGCCGCAUUUAAUGCCAUUGAUCGCGAGGCGCCACAGGAGGCGGAUGUGCCUCCAACUGCCAAGCAUAAGCGAGUUAAAGUCAUUCCACGGGGGCAGCAACAACUACAACUGGCCCAGGACAAGGUCAUAAUCCACAAACAGGCGGCGCUGGGCAAGGAUGACGAUAAAAAUGUUUUGGAUGCGCCAGUGGCAGUAAAUGGCGUGGACGACAAUGCCGGAGAGAUGGGCAAGCCUGUCGUCCUGCCUAAGGAAAUGGCACCGGACAUGAAGAAGGCCGUCGACGAGGGCUGGACAAAUAAUGCCUUCAAUCAGUAUGUGUCCGAUUUGAUAUCCGUUCAUCGUUCGCUGCCUGAUCCACGGGAUGCCUGGUGCAAGGACUCGGCCCGCUAUCUGAGCAAUCUGCCCAAGACAGAUGUCAUCAUUUGUUUCCACAAUGAGGCAUGGUCCGUACUCCUGCGCACAGUGCACUCAGUCCUAGACAGAUCGCCAUCCGAAUUGAUUGGUGAAAUAAUUCUAGUUGAUGAUUACAGCGACAUGACUCAUCUGAAGAAAAAACUGGAGGAUUAUUUCGCUGAUUAUCCCAUGGUGAAGAUAGUGCGUGGACCACAAAGAGAGGGCCUGAUACGAGCCCGUCUGCUUGGCGCCAAGUACGCCAAAUCCCCGGUCAUCACCUAUCUGGACUCGCAUUGUGAAUGUGCCGAAGGUUGGCUGGAGCCACUGUUGGAUCGCAUAGCGCGCAAUUCGACGACGGUCGUCUGCCCGGUUAUCGAUGUUAUCGAUGAUGCGACUCUGGAGUUUCACUAUCGCGACUCCAGCGGCGUCAAUGUGGGUGGCUUCGAUUGGAAUUUACAAUUCAGCUGGCAUUCGGUGCCAGAACGUGAGAAGAAACGCCAUAACAGCACAUCGGAGCCCGUGUAUUCACCGACAAUGGCCGGCGGCCUGUUCUCGAUAGACCGUGAAUUCUUUGAGCGGUUGGGAACCUACGAUUCCGGAUUUGAUAUCUGGGGUGGCGAGAAUCUGGAACUGUCCUUCAAGACCUGGAUGUGCGGCGGCACCCUGGAAAUUGUGCCCUGCUCCCAUGUGGGCCACAUCUUUCGCAAGCGCUCCCCCUACAAGUGGCGCACGGGCGUUAAUGUGCUGAAGAAGAACUCAGUGCGUCUGGCCGAGGUCUGGAUGGAUGAUUACUCCAAGUAUUACUAUCAGCGCAUUGGCAUGGACAAGGGCGACUUCGGCGAUGUCAGCGAUCGCAAGAAGCUGCGCGAGGACCUGCAGUGCAAAUCCUUCCAAUGGUAUCUGGACACCAUCUAUCCGGAGCUGUUCAUACCGGGCAAUGCGGUGGCGAAUGGCGAGAUAAGGAACUUAGGUUAUGGCGGUCGCACCUGCUUGGAUUCGCCGUCUGGCAAACGCAACCUGAAGAAGGCAGUCGGUUUAUAUCCGUGCCACAAGCAAGGUGGCAAUCAGUACUGGAUGCUGAGCAAGGCGGGCGAAAUACGUCGCGAUCAGGCGUGCCUGGACUAUGCCGGCAAGGAUGUGAUACUCUUCGGCUGUCACGGCUCACGCGGCAAUCAGUUCUGGCAAUAUCGUGAGAACACGAAGCUGCUGCAUCAUGGCUCGUCGGGCAAAUGCUUGGCCAUCAACGAGAGCAGGGACAAGCUGAUAAUGGAGGAGUGCGAUGCGUCGCAUUUGCGCCAGCAUUGGGUGUUGGAGAACUACGACAGCUCCAAGUUGUGAGGCUACUUCUACGCCAUGGGUGCCUAGCAAGGAUAUCAAAGAGGAGCACGGACAGGAGGAGCAAAGAGAGCAGCAGCAGCAGCAGUAGAAUUAAAUGUUAAACGUAUUUGAUAAGCGUAUAAAACACGGCCCGCGAGAGUUGUGCAAUAGGCAGUAGCUGAAAGGGUUUGCCAUGGCUUUGAAUAGGAGCAUUAAUACACCAAUACACCGACACACUCACACACACACACACACACACAACAAGAACAAUUUAUAU